UCCCUAGCUGCAUCCCAAAUAGCAUCCUAUUCCCUUUCUAGUACACUACUCAUGACCAGGACCCUGCACCACAAGGUCAAAAGUAGUGCACUAUUAUAAGGAAUGGAGUGAAAUUUGGAAUGUAAUCAACUGUCUUUAUUACCUGUAAGCCUAUCUAGUCUGGACCACCAGGCAGUGUAGCCAUACAUGUACUGAAACCUUAUAACACAGUCCUACAGUAACCAAUACAGCUCUGUUCUACUCAUCACAAAACUCCACUCUAUAAGGGGUAAACCAAU